AUGGUACUUAAAUUUAAAAGCCACUCAUGGCUCGGAAUUGGAUGGAAACCUCAAGGUGCUACAUGUUCACCUUUUCACCAACCCGAAGAAUCUAAUCAAAUCGAUAAUGCUUUGCGAUUCUCAUCCACAGCAAUAGAAAAUCCGAUUGAGCAACAAUGCGUAUCCAAUGAAAUCUUCAGUGUUUGCCCCGAAUUCAACCGACAAUGUGAAGCAUCUUGUGAUUGGACAAAAUUCCCUGAAACAAUUCCGAAUUGUCCACAUUCCUGUGGUGCACCUAAAUGCAUUUGCAAGGAGGGUUUCGUGAGACUAUCUACUGAUAACGACACUUGUGUUCCCUUCCACUUUUGUUCUGAUGAAGCUCAAACGGAAUGCUUUGUUAAUUCUACGUGGGCUAAAUGCGGUAUAGCCUGCGAGCCAACAUGUGAGAAUAUGUAUGAUACAUCACCUUGUCCAGCAUUCUGUGAUCAGCCUGCUUGUACUUGCGCAGAUAAUUACGUGCGACACAAUGGAACUUGCAUAUUUUGGGGCGAUUGUCCAAAUUUGGAAGAACACUGGAUGACAGGAGAACCAACAUCAAUAACGACUUUCAAUAGAGUUUCCACAGCACAACAAGAGGCAACAGUUAAGGCAGAUGUAAUUACCAAUCCCGCCAUCGCUGUCGAAGAACUUACUUGUGGCAUCAACGAAACAAUUAAUGAAUGUGGUCGGGCGUGUGAACCAGAUUGCAUUUCUGUUUUUAUUCGAGACAAAUGUGAACUGUGCGCCAGCGCUUCAUGUACCUGUUUAGAAGGGUAUGCAAGAAAUGAAGAUAAAUGCAUUUACUGGGGCGAUUGUCCAUUUGAAGCGAGCGGUUUGCAAACAGCAACACCAAUCAAAAUAUUAAGCGUCACGCGAUCAGCAGUCUCACUGGAGGAAGCUUUAAUAGCGCCGAUGGUACCAACUGCAGCAACGCUAUUCGACGAACCAUUAAUCACAAAUAUUAGUAACAGUACAGAGAGAACCAUAGUGCAUAUACUGGCUACAAAAUCUGUUACAGCUAUAAAUCAAGUAUUUUCAAGCAAUGCUGUUCCUGUUUUUCCGACUGUACAAGCUUCUAAAUCCAUCGAUCACAAAACUGGAGUAGUAGGAGAUGUAUGUUAUGGUGACUGGCGCUGGCCGACUGGAUGUCGUGACUGUGAUUAUCGUAUUUCUUGGAAUUAUAUCGAUGAUACUGAUGAAAUAGAGUUUUCAGUUGAAACUCGUGCACCAUCGAAUUGGUGGACUGGUGUUGGUUUUUCACCCACAGGAACUAUGGUAGAAGCAGAUAUGAUAAUUAUAAAAAGUAGAAAUGGAGAAUUAACACUGCAUGACAUGUACAGCACACAGAAUGGUGUUCUGAGAGAAGAUUCUGAACAAAAUAUUUACACUCCGACUGUUGUUGGUACACAUGUAAAUGGGAUGCUUCGAGGACAAUUUAUGCGCAAACGUGAUACUGGUGAUAAAAAGGCUGACCAUCGUUUUUCUGACACAAAUUGUUAUAAAUUUCUAUUUCCUGUAUCUGGCGGUCGUCUGGAUGCAAAUGGUCAGUUAAUGAAACAUAUCUCACCACCUCAAGUCUCUGAACGAAAAGUUUGCAUCAAAAGCUGUACUCAGCCUCAGACACUUCAGCCAACAAGUUCUUGUGAGACGGAAUUCCGUUACCCUACAGGAUGUGAAGGAUCCGCUUGUGAUUAUGUUGCUAAAUGGGAAUAUAGCAUGGCAAGAAAAGAUGUACAUUUUGAAAUCUCGUCAAAGGAACUUGGUCGAUGGACCGGGAUCGGCUUUUCUCGUGACGGUUCAAUGGCUAAUUCGGAUAUAUAUACUGGAUGGGUUUAUGAAGGAAAAGCCUAUGUUACUGAUCGCUUCGCCUAUGGACGUCAACUUCCAGCUAUUGAUCCGGCUGACAGACAGGAUAUUUACGAAAUCAGUGGUAAAGCUGAGGACGACAUUCAGACAAUAUCAUUUCGCCGAAAAGUAUUACCCGCGGAUACGUUAACUGAUUUUCCACUUAACAAAUGUUAUUAUUUCCUUUUUCCAAUUGGCGGCGGUCGUGUUCUUGCCAGGAAAAGUCCUGACUUUCAGAAUCCGAAAACACCAAUUGGUUACCACGACUUGUAUCAACCACGAGUGUCUCGAACCAAAAUUUGUAUUUGUGACCAAAAUGGCGUUUCAAUUGCUUCUGAAGAUGCAUCACCAGCUAUAAGAUCAAGGCGGCAAGUUCAAGAUCCAUUUGAGCUGCAAAUAGACCCAUUUGUUGAAGCUCAAGGCGAUGCAAAUAUUUCUGACUUACAAGCUACAACACGUGAAGCGACCGAUUCAUCAAAUUCGAUUGAUAACAGUUUAAUGUAUCAAUCUCAAUUCGUGACUGAUAAUGAAUUUGAAGUAAAUGUAAAUUCUGUAAUGGAAUCAUCACCAAAGCCGUCUAUGAAUGAAAUUAAUUUUGUACCAAAGGAUGUAAAUAAAGCUCCAGGCAAUGCAAUGGAUUGUACCGAUAUGGUUAUUGGGUCAGUGGUUAACGGUUUAACUCGAAUAAAAGACUAUUAUACUAUGAGUAAUUCAAUACCUCGACUUGAUUCGUUUUAUGACGGUCAAGAUUCCUUAACUUCAGCUGCGGCAUAUGAAGACGAGGAAUAUACAACUAUUGUCUUCAGGAAAUAUCUCAUUUGUAAUAAUUCACCUGAUGAAAUAAGUGAUCAACCAAUUUCAAAUGGAACUUUAACUUUUAUUUGGGCGAAAGGAUCUCAUAAAUCAAAUUAUAUAUCUCGAAUAGACGAAUCGCUUAAGGACAAUAAUUCGUCGGAUAAAUUAUUUUUUCAAAGUGAUGUUAUCAAUUAUCAUGGUAUAAAUAAUCGAGGAGUUUUUACAAUUAAUUUAUUCGACAACGGAUUAAAGUCAGAGAACAGCCACGACUUUGAUUGUUCAGGAUCAUUUUCAUAUCCUUCUGGCUGCGAAAUUGUUGAUGAAUGCUCGUAUACGGUCCAUUGGAUAGCGAACGGAGGAAGGAUCUCAUUUAAUCUGAAAGUAUUGAUGAACGCAAGUCGUUGGACUGGUAUUGGAUUCUCGUUAGAUGGAACUAUAAUUAAAUCUAAUUUUGUAAUAAUCUCUGUGCUUGAGAUAGCUAGGGAUGACGCAUAA